GUCGCGUCACCGCGAGCCGGGUGCUACGUGCAUGCCUGUGCCAUCGCUGUCGCCAUCACCACGUUCGUGAAGGACACGCAUCAACAUCCCUAUCAUCAUCAUCGUCGUCGAUCGUCACCUUGUUAAUCGAACAUCCCUCGGCGUCGGUUCGUUGGCUCGCUUAAAGCUAAUUAUCCUUGUUCGGAGCCUCCUUGCUUUGAGAACUCUCGCCCUUAACGAUGACCGACUAUCCGAGGGGACAGCAACUUGCCCCAGGAGGAUAUGGAGGGCCACCAGUUGGCUUCGUACCAGGAGGUCCUCCACCAGCGGGUUAUCCACCGGCACCGUACGGUGCACCGCCACCUGGUUAUCCGCCGGGAGGGUAUGGCGCGCCGCCACCGGGUUAUCCGCCGGGAGGGUAUGGCGCGCCGCCACCGGGUUAUCCACCACCACCGCCGUACGGUGGGCCACCAGCAGGGUUUGACGACGACGACGUCUUCGGACAAGGAGUACAGCCCGCGGGUCAGGACGGAGGCAAUCAGGGCGGUGACCAGGCGACCAAGGCACUUUUGGCUUGCUGCUGUUGCUGUUAUUGUUGCUGCAUCUUGAUCGUAGGCUUGAUCAGCUACGCAGCUUACAAAUAUGUACCACCACCACCUCCAACCUGCAAAAGUUCAGCCUGCGUUGAUUAUGGAGCGCUUCUCAAGGCGUCUAUUGACAGCUCAAGUAGUCCUUGCUCCAACUUGUACGCUUAUGUGUGCAAAGGUUGGGACAAUUCAAACAGCGUCUCCGUCUUUCAAAAACAUCACGCCGAGUUCGUAAGGCAACUCUCGGAAGAGGCAGAAAAGUACAGCGUACCUGGGAGUGGACAGACUGCAGCACAGAAGGCAGCCAAGUACUAUCAGUCAUGCAUCGAACUGGGCACAAGAAAGAGAGAUGAACGUGACAAGUUCAAAGAUAUGAUGAAGGAAGCCGGUUUGCCUUGGCCCAGUGAAGCUGCUUCAGCAGAUGUGUUUUCUUUGAUGUCGAACGUUUCGGUCAACUGGGAUUCAAAUCCCUUGUUCGAGCUCUCCAGGACCGCUUCCGCAACCAGUAUCGUCGUGAUUGGCAUCGCACCGUCGAGUCUUAUAUCAGAAUGGGAACGUAUUCGAUCGGCGCUCAAAGGGGACGACAUCUACUUUGCUUACUACACGGCCACACACCAGCUGAUGACAGGUCAGCCUGCAACAAAAGUCAAGGCCGACGAAUUCAAGGAUCUCGAAAACAAUAUUAUGAAUAAGCUUAACGAGGGACUCCGAGACAAGACGACCGCCGUGAGAACAGAAGUGGCAUUCCAAGGCGAUACGGGAGCAACGUAUCAAAAGUGGCGGGACGUCUUCUCGAAUGUUUUAGGCGUCAAUGCGCAGCAACAAAUUUCUCUGACGAUAACAUCUCCUGCCUACUUAUCUAAGUUUCAGGAGCUUCUGAAAACUCCGGGAGAACCGAAAGUGGCACUUUUCCUGUCUUGGCUCGAGUUUUUUCACAUCGGCCAGUUUUUUCUCCCAGACGUGGUCGCUCCUCUAUACGGUUCGAAGGAGGAAGCCGAAGAAAAAGCGAAAACCCGCUGUUUGCAGCAUGUUGAAAAAUACAUGGGAAUCGCUCUGUCGAUGCCAUACGUUACAAAGGCUGUGCCUCAGGAGUCCUUUAACGAUAUCCGUGACAUUGCGGGGAAGAUACGCGAGCAUGUGGCCAAGUAUGUCAAAAUGUAUCUCAGCUUAAACUACCUCGACUUCCAGAAAACAAAGGGCUUCACGGACAUGUUUGGAGGCUUCUCUAAAAUAUCUGACCUCGACACGCAUUACCGCGGUUAUGGCGACAUGGGGAACUUGUUUUCUGCGAACAUGAUCAGCGCCAUCACCGCCUGGAGCAGUCGCACCUCCAACGACGUAUACAGGCAGUACAUCCUCAACACUGAGUACUACCGAUUGUACGACCCUCUGGCGAAGGAUAUUGUCGUUUGGCCAUCUGCCAUGACGAUGCCCGUGUACGCAUUGCAAAAUUCCUUGCUGGCUUUAAGGUACGGAGCCCUCGGUUCCUUAAUCCUGGCCGCGUACAUGGAGGACCUGUACGUAAAUGCUGUGCCCGCGAUGAAUGGGAAUGAUCGCUCCAAAUUCAACGACGCUAAAAGCUGUCUGAAGAGCUCCUCGAACGUUCCCGACCAUGUGGUGUACCUGGCUUCUGCAGGACGCAUUUUGUUUCACAGUUACGAGUGGGCCGUGGACAGGAAAUUUAAAUCCAAGAGCAAAGUUGACAGAGUAGAAGACCAAUUAGACGGAGUGGAUGCCAAUGCAUAUAAGCUUUUAUUUAUGGCUGGGUGUUAUAUCCAGUGCACCGGCUCCAAGGACAGAAACGAACACGUGUGCAAUGUCCCGGCACAGAGCAACAAAUAUUUUGCCAAGGUAUAUGCUUGUGGAAGCUCCGACUCCAUGAACCCAGCAAAGAAAUGUUCCGCCUUUCCUGAAAAGUAACGCAGUCUGCUCUCGUCAUAAACUGUUCUCUAAGCCUGUGUCACAUCUCUAGGUGAACCGUGUUUGCUAAAUAACAGUCAUGAGAUCUCAAAAACGACUCAUGAGUCUGUCAAAAACUGCUACAUAGUAUUCUACUGGUGGCGGUUAUGUUGUGAAAUAGGGAUAUAGGG